AUGGGGAGCAACAGUCUGCCGAUGUCGCAACAGAUGUACUUCAGCACACACAACGCCCUUCGAGUGAACGACGAAAAUGAUGUGAUCAGCACCUUGUUUUAUGAAAUAAAUGGGAACAGGCACAUUAGCCUGUUGAUAUUCCCUUUCUACGACGUGCAAAUGUUAAAAAGACUGUUGAUAAAAAAAUUAAAUUUACCAGGAGGAGUGAAAGUAAAUGAUAUUAUAAUAUUUUACAAGGGAAUUAAAUUGCCCAAUUACAGAAUCAUAAGUACUUACCUGGAAAACCAAAAGAGUUACCCUCCUUUUUUUGAAAAUAUUUUACACGAUAUAAAAUUAGCAUUUAAAAAAAACAUUUCUCCAAAGCUAACAAUGGAUGGAACAGGAGGUACUUACCUUCUCUUCAAUAGCCAGAAGAAAAUCUGUUCUGUUUUUAAGCCUUUGGAUGAGGAAGCAUUUGCUCCAUUUAACCCUAGAGGCUAUGAAGGGAAAAUGUAUCAGGAAGGAUUUCGAUCUGGGGUAUUAUCUGGCGAAGGAGCCAGUAGAGAAAUCGCCGCAUAUAUAUUAGACAAUAACUACAACAAUUUCAGUAGCGUUCCUUGUACCAUCAUGGUGGAAGCUUGUAACCCUCAUUUUAAUAAUAAGAGUAAAUUGAAGUAUGUAGACCACGAGAAUAAUUUGAAGUGGAAGUGUGGGUCUCUUCAAGAGUUUGUUGAUUCCAGGGAGAGUGUGGGGAAUUACGAUUAUAAGCAGUUCAGCAUUAGGGAUAUUCAUAAGAUUGCCAUUUUGGAUAUACGUGUGAUGAACUUGGAUCGGAACGAUGGAAAUAUUUUGGUGUCUCCUUUGAAGAGUUUGAAGGAUUCGUGCAACCAGUUUCUUUAUCGGAACAACCGCAGCCUGGGCACCACUGAUGAGGACAUCCUCAAGCGGAUCGUCACGAUUGAUAAGAAGCCAUCCAGGUAUAGCCUGAUCCCCAUAGACCACGGACUCAUCAUGCCGCACAUAAUGGACGUCGCGGAGAUUGACUUGGUUUGGUUCGAGUGGCCCCAGACAAAGGUGCCCUUCGACGACGAGGAACUGGAGGUCAUCUUUACCUUCGACCCGGACAAGGACGCGGAGAAAAUUCGUAACAAGCUCCUGAUCCGCGAGGACUGCAUACGGACCAUGCGCGUGUGCACGAGGCUGCUGCAGAUCGGAGCCAGGAUGCACCUCAAUUUGCAUGAAAUUGCAAAAAUCAGCACCAGGAAAAGCAUCGACGAGGAGUCCGUGCUGGAGCACCUCGUGCGGGACUCCAUCGUGCAGGCAUACCAAAUGAUGGACUACACCUCCCUUAUGAGCACCAACCGGCUGGGCUACAUCCUGGACUUGGCGGAAAUCAAAAUUAACAAAAAAAAAAAAAUAAACAAAAUGAAGUCGAUCGAGAACGUGGAAGAAGCAUUGAAAGGAGCAAACGAUACAAGUGACACAAAGGAGGUAGAAAAGGAGACUUGUCAUUUUACUAGCGGGUCGAAGGAUGGUAAGUGUGGAUCGGUGGAGUACAAUGGCAAGUCCCUACCUACUGGGCAAAACUUGCAAGGUGUAAAAGGAAUAGAAAGUGCAGAGGAUAAACUGAGAGAGGGAAGGUCCAAGAGGACGGAAGGAAAAAUCCCUCAUGGGAGUCGUGACAGAUCGGAAGAGACUUUAACGUAUAGAACGUCAGACGUGUCAUUAGUGCACCCUGCGGGCACCGCUACGGGGAAGACGUCCCUAGUGGGUGCUCAUCUGAACGGGAUGGACAGGAAAGAUGGUGCUGUGAACGAUGAAACAGUGCAGACCGUUUGCGACAGUGAAUCGCGUGCGUCUGGUGGGGUUUCAUUGGGCCAGGGAAAGGGAAGCCUAAGUAAUGAGUUUGAAAAUGUGAAGAGGAAAGAAAAGAGUGCAUACGAUGGCUUGUACAGCAUGAAGACCCCUGAUGUGGAUCUCAACGUAGCGAGUGAACAGAAUGAGCAAAAUAAAAUGUCAACCAAUUCGCUGAGCAACAGGAGUGAUUAUACGCUGGUGACCGCCAGCUCCAGUUCGUGCAAUGAUGAAAAAGGGGGAAGUAAUUCUUGUAGUGGGGAGUCCCCCAAGGGGAGUGCACAUGGUGAGGGAGGAAGCGCGCCCUCUAGCGGGGGAGCCAGUAGGGUACAUGAAGGGAAACGUUAUGACAAGCAGGACAGCCAACUGGACGAUCGCCCACGAGCACACAGCGCGAGUGACCAAGACACGAAGGUAAAGAGAAAAAAGAAGAAGAAGAAAAAAAAAAAAAAGUACUACGACAAGGAUGAUAACAAACCAGGUGAUGAAAAAAAGGAAGACGAGGAAGGAAAGGGAUUACCCAGUGACAAGCCCAACGAUGUGCCUGCAGCAGUACAGAAUGAGACAACGAAGGGCGAUUUGCUCAAAGACGGCGUACAAGACGACACGGACGAUGAUGAGGACGACGACGAGGAGGAUGACGAUGAUGAUGAGGAUGAGGACGAAGAGAACGACGAUGUGCCAUUUAAAAAACCCUCAGGAACCAUUAAACGAAUACCUGAAAGUAGCGGGACGGCCUACCGGGGCAUUGAGAUGAACAAAGUGAACUCAGUCUGGGUCAUACGAGACAAAAACAACAAAAUUAUUAACGUCAAGUGGGAGAAUAAAAUAUUUGAAAAGCUUUUCUUCGAGACGUUUGAAAAUUAUGUUAAGAGGUACAUUAACGAUUACCACCCCGAGUGGAAACAGUAUCCCUACAACGGGUCACAGAUCAGCAGUAUCAAGCAUGGCUACCUGAAGAGCAUAAAGUGA